AUGUCGUACAAGAUUGUGGUCUUGCCUGGCGAUGGCAUAGGACCAGAGGUGACUGGGGAAGCUGUCAGAGUGCUCAAGCAUCUUGCGACCUUGCGACCGUCUUUGAGCUUUGACAUUGAAUCACAUGACUUUGGAGGGGCAGCCAUCGACUCGACUGGCGAGCCAUUGCCGCCAAAGACACUAGACGCAUGUCGCUCAGCUCAUGCCAUCCUGCUAGGCGCUGUUGGAGGUCCCAAAUGGGGCACGGGCAAGAUCAGACCAGAGCAAGGCAUCCUCGGCUUGCGCAAAGCCCUAGACUUGUAUGCCAACAUUCGGCCUGCACUCUUCCCGUCGGAAAGCCUGCUCAAAUUGUCGCCGCUCAAAGAGGAGCAUGCCAAGGGAACGUCCAUUAUCUGCCUGCGCGAGCUAGUGGGAGGCAUCUACUUUGGUGACAGGCAAGAAGCAGAGCAAGGCGACCCUAAGGGCGCAGCCUGGGAUCGCUGUGACUACUCUGUCCCCGAAGUUGAGCGAAUCGCCCGCGUCGCUGCACACCUUGCACUAGCAGCUGAUCCGCCGCUCGAGAUCCAUUCAAUUGAUAAAGCCAAUGUGCUUGCAACCAGCCGAUUAUGGCGUAGCACAGUCACUGCUCUCUUCGCCAAAGAGUUCCCUCAGCUCAAGAUCGAUCAUCACCUGGUCGAUUCUGCAGCCAUGGUCAUCGGCAGCAGACCUCGCAAGCUCAAUGGCAUCAUCCUCACAGACAAUCUCUUCGGAGACAUUCUGAGCGAUCAGCUCAGUGUCAUUCCAGGCUCAUUGGGUCUCUUGCCUUCUGCCUCGCUCGCUGGCUUACCUGACGGCAAAGGCAAAUGCCUCGGUAUCUACGAGCCGAUCCAUGGCUCUGCACCAGACAUUGCAGGCAAGGGCAUCGCAAACCCAAUCGGUACGAUUCUGUCGGUUGGCAUGCUGUUGCGCUAUUCGCUCUCGCUGGGCGAGGAAGCCGACCUGAUCGAAAACGCGGUCAGAAUCGCUCUAGAUGAAAGUACACACGGAGGUCAUCAGAUCCGUACGGCUGAUCUGGGCGGCUCGGCAAAGUCUGUCGACGUUGGCGCUGCCGUCAUUACGGCGCUUGAUUCGCUUUGCAAGUAG